UCACGUCACUUUUACCGGACGCAGCUUGCACUUCGUCGCAAGCGACUAGCUGGCUAGCCAACAAGCUGCGCUGUUUUGAAGAAUGGCGACCUCUAAGAAGGGGAAGAAAGUUGUGAAUCAAGAGGAACUUCGGCGCUUGAUGAGAGAGAAACAGAGGCGAACGACGGACAAGAAGCGCGUCGAGUCUCCUUUCGCUAAAUACAACAGUCUGGGCCAUCUCAGCUGCGUCCUGUGCAAUGUGCAGGUGAAGUCGGAGCUGCUGUGGCCAGCUCAUGUUCUUGGUAAACAGCACAAAGAGAAAGUUGCAGAGCUGAAGGAGGCAAAGAGUCAACCGGCAACACCGCAGAGUCAACCAGCAAAGAGGAAAGCGCCCGACGACGACGACGUGAACGGGAAAAAGGCCAAACCCUCCUCGGCUGCGGGCCAGUCUGCGUCAGGACUGCCAGGAGAUUUCUUCCAGAAACCCGCCGAAAAGCGAGCUGUGCACGCUCAAAAGUCUGCAGGUCUGAGUCUGUUGGCCGGAGUUUAUGAUGAAGACGACGAUGCAGAAGAUGCGGCAGAGGAAGGUCAGGCAGGAAGCGCGAACCCCCCUCCUCAAAAGGCUGAAGCUGCAGGGCUGCCGAGCGAUUUCUUUGACAGCUCCAUCCCAUCCACACCCGCCAUCUCCCACUCAGGAUCCAUCCUCAAAGCAGAAGUGCAGGAGAAAAGCACAGAGAAGAAAGAUAACACGGCCGAGGCACUGCCGGAGGGCUUCUUCGACGAUCCCGUAAGAGAUGCCAAAGUGCGCAACGUCGACGCACCCAAAGAUCAAAUGGACAAGGAGUGGGAAGAGUUUCAAAAGGAGAUCCGACAGGUGAACACGAAAUCAGAGGCCAUCGUGGCGGAGGACGACGAGGAGGGCCGCCUUGAACGUCAGAUUGAUGAAAUCGAUGAACAAAUUGAGUGCUACAAGAGGGUGGAGGUGCUGAGAGACAAGCGGGAUGUGGUGAAGAGCAAGCCUCUGCGCAGGAAGGAUGAACAUAUGGAGACAGACGCCAGCCAUGAGGAAGAGGAGGAUGAAGAAGAGCUGCUGGGGCUUUUGUCCCGGGACUGGAGGGCUAAAGGGGCUCUGGCCUAAGUUUCCGUAAAAACAGGUCUAAAGAGGAGGCUUGUUUUUGUAUGCAAGUCUGUCAGCAACUGUAAAUAUGUUUGUCUUCACCGCAUCAUUUGUAUAUUUCAGACUGGUUUAAAUGUGAUGCGAAGGUGAAAAAACAUGUUGUAAAACAUUGUGUAGUGCCACUGGAAGAUAAAGUUUCUCAGUUCAUGACUUAAAACACCAGAUGGACCACAAAUCAAACCGUUUUCAUUGUGUGUUUUAUUCAUUGGUGCUCACACAAAAACACGUUCAUAAAAUCCCCCCAUGUACAGUAGCAGCAUGGAUCAAAAGUCUAUGUCAUGAUGGCCAAAGCUGUUACAUUUUGAGCUCCACUAACAAAUUGUCUUGCAAAACCAAGUAGUCGACUAUGUUAGGUUUAUAAAUAAUCGGUUCAUGUUACAUUAUAAGCAACAUGCAAAGCACAACAGAUUUUUAAAAAAUGUACAAGGUUGAGAGUAAGACCGUAAAGUAAAUUUUACCAACCCGACCCUUCACGAGAUCAUUUGUUUAAUACAUUUUUUUACAUAAUACAGCAAUAUUUGAGUAUGACAAAUCUGUUAUGUAAAUACACCGUUAUUAGGCCCAUAAAAAUGGAAUAAAAUGAAUCAAGUAAAGAGUGAUGUCAGUGCUUCUUAUACUACCUGUUACACAUUGUGAGCUAGGUGUGCCUUCUGUCUACUGCAUCUUUUACCAAGCAAUAUCUAUGUCAUUUUCUUAUUGCUACAUAUGCCUCACGAGUUACCACUUCAAAAUUCUUUCUGAAUGAUUCAAAGUGUUCAUAGCCCUUCGGAACUUGUAGAACUGAAAACCGCAAAAAUACAGAUUAAUGUACAGAUGGACGAAACACACGACUCCUAUCAAAACGUAGCAACUAACUGAAGAUAAAUGAGGGGAAGAAAACA